CCCCGGAGGAGGCGGAAGCGGAAGGCGGCGCGGCCCUCACGGGAACGGGGCUGAGCGGGCUGAGGUCGGAGCGGCGAGCGGGGCUGCGCAGCGGCCGCCAUGGCCAACCGCACGGUGAAGGACGCGCACAGCAUCCACGGCACCAACCCGCAGUACCUGGUGGAGAAGAUCAUCCGCACGCGGAUCUACGAGUCCAAGUACUGGAAGGAGGAAUGCUUCGGCCUCACGGCCGAGCUGGUGGUGGACAAGGCCAUGGAGCUGAAGUACGUGGGAGGCGUCUAUGGAGGAAACAUUAAACCCACGCCCUUCUUGUGCCUGACGCUGAAGAUGCUGCAGAUCCAGCCCGAGAAGGACAUCAUCGUGGAGUUCAUUAAAAACGAAGACUUCAAGUAUGUCCGAAUGCUUGGAGCACUGUACAUGAGACUGACAGGCACUGCCAUCGACUGCUACAAGUACCUGGAACCGCUGUACAACGACUACCGGAAAAUUAAAAGUCAGAACAGAAAUGGGGAAUUUGAGCUGAUGCACGUGGAUGAAUUUAUUGAUGAGCUGCUCCAUGAGGAACGUGUUUGUGACAUCAUCCUGCCUCGACUGCAGAAACGGUACGUUCUGGAAGAAGCUGAGCAACUUGAGCCUCGUGUUAGUGCCCUGGAGGAAGACAUGGAUGAUGUAGAAUCUAGUGAGGAGGAGGAAGAAGAAGAUGAAAAGCUGGAGCGGAUCCCGUCUCCUGACCACCGCAGAAGGGGCUACAGGGACCUGGACAAGCCCCGCAGAUCUCCGGUGGUGCGGUACCGGCGGAGCCGGAGCAGGUCCCCGAGGAGGCGCAGCCGCUCUCCAAAGAGAAGAAGCCCCUCACCGCGCCGGGAGCGGCAUCGCAGCAAGAGCCCGAGACGGCACCGGAGCAGAUCCCGGGAGAGGCGCCACAGAUCGAGAUCUAAAUCUCCAGGGCAUCACCGUAGUCACAGACACAGAAGUCAUUCCAAAUCACCUGAAAGAUCUAAGAAAAGUCACAAAAAGAGUCGGCGAGGGAAUGAAUAACAAACAAAACCCAGCCCACCGUUCAAGGACCUUGAGCUGCAGUCUGAUGCUGUCCUGUUUGCUCCACAGGACAGCUGGCUCUGUACUGGCUGCUUUAGCAGCCCCUUUCUUUCAUCAUGUUUCUCAUUUUGUUGUCUUGAUUUUUUUUAUUACAGGUAAGCUAAGGAUACUUUUUAUGUACUUACUCAUCCUUGUGAUAGAAUUUGAAGGUUGUUUUUUAAUUAUUUUUCUUGAAGCCUGUAAAAACUUAAUGAAGAGCAAUAAAAAAAGGAAGGUUUGUCUUUAAAGGCUCCUGGCAGUUUCCUUCAUAAUAAUUUGCUGAGAUGUCUCCUGGUUGAAGCUGGCUUCAUUCUCAAAUCAGGACCUUGUUUUGUCAAGCUGUCCCUGCAGUCAGGUGCCAAGGGAAGUCUGUAUUCAGUCACAAGCACUGCAGGGCUCCCAGCUCUGGCCCCCCAGAGCUCUCCAGUACAGGAGAGGAAGCAAGGCUGUCACAACCCAGUGUGUUUACUAGAUCUCACUUGACAGGGCUCUCGAGCCUGUGGUCGUCAUUGGGUACUUUGUAAAAAUCAUCCUUCAGUGUGAUCUGCUGCUUCUGCUGAUGCCAUCAGAGUUCAGAAGGUUAAAGCAGUACGAAGCACUACUUAAUUCUUCUGGAGUAAGUUCAAUAUAUUUAAAGACACUACACCACUACUUUGAGCACAGUUUGUGGCCUCCCUGUGAAAGGGAACAGAAUUUGACACCACGAUGUUCAGCUCUACCUUCUCUGAGUCAAGUUAGUUUUUUAAUUUAGAAUAAUUAAGCUCUUACUGAAGAUACAAUUCUCCUCCUACAUUUGAAAUCAGUUGUGUAAACCCCUUGUGUACCAUGUCUUUAUUCAUGGCCCUUCCUCAGGAGCAGGGACAGGCACGUUUAUACCCGAACUCUGCAUUUAGGGCUUCAGGAGUCUCAUAUUGUCCUGGGAGUGCUGACAACACAAAGAAGUGUGCCUAGGGAAUUUAUGGAAAGCCCUCUUUAACUGCCUCCCAGUACAGCCUAAUUUUUCCACGGUAUUUGCAUAUGAUUUUGCAAAGCUGAUCAACAGAAAAGCAGGUGUGC